CGUUAUCCGACAUUGCAGUAACACAAUCUACAUCCACACAUCUCUGCUUCUCAGGAUGACAGUGACAGCUUGGACUGAUUCUAAUAGCGGCUCAAAAUCUCUGAGUCCAGAUAAUGUUCCACUUGGCACAGGUCCUCCUACACGAGAGGAACUUCUCGUCUAUUACCCUGCAAAGUUCACCUUCCAGCAGCUGAAGACAUUCAUCAACUCUGGGGACCUAGGCCUGUUAAAACGUGACAAGACACUUCAAGUGAGAUAUAAUGCCUGGACGAAGGGAAUCAGGGAGGAGUACGGUUCAAUGGUGAACUACCUAGUCACUUACCGCCUGCAAUGGGGCAAACAGGACUCCCUCUCCAAGCUCACUUCCCGCUUGAAUAAAAGCGAACCGUCGAACUCCGUAGUAGAAACUACAGAUAAAUCAUCCAAGCCCGUCAUUACUUUGCCGAUUCCUGCGCCCGGCACGAAAGGCUAUUUCACGGCCGAUAUACCACGGGAACUCGUCAGUAUAAUCCAGAACGACUGGCCAUAUUCUGUUCCCGCCCACAUCGAGCAUACCCUGAUCUGGACAGUCCUCCCCAUCUUCCCUCCUCUCUCCCAUCUUUCCAGCAAGCUUCAAGCCCGUCUAAACCAAGACGGUCUUUGGGGCUUCACUGGUGUCCUGCCAUCCGACAUUACCUCACAUAAGGAACCACCAUCACCGUCACUUCUCCCUACGUGUCUUCCUGCGCUAUCCGAAUGGGGUGUCACGGAAGACAAACUCAUCCGAAGCGAGAAGGGAACCGAAGAGGAAGAGAAGAUUGUUAAGGAGAUGGGUAAUGAGGUCAGAGAGUUUAUCGUCAAUGAAAAUUGGAAGGAGAGAGAAUGGGAGACUGCUUGGUUCGUAAACCCACCCAGACUACAGAGCGUACCUGGUCUUGCCCAUAUCCACGUCUUUGCGAGGUACAAGGACCAGGCGGAGAUGGAACAGUGGGAUGUUGAAGCAGGAGCCUUAGCGUAAGGCGAUCAGGAAGGAAAGCACUACCCCGGCUGAGCGGGUAUCUAAGGAAUUUAUAGCACAGUGCAUACCUCAAGACUAGAGAGGUAUAACUAGAGGAUGCAUCUACGACUCUGCACAACGGACUUAUUUAACAGGACUAAAUUUGC